UCCUCUCUUACAGCGUUCGAGUAUGGAUGACUGUGUGUGUGUCGGUAAGCAGCUUCAAACGAAAAAUUAUUAAAAUUGCUGCGUACAUAAAUCGUUUUGAGUGCGUUUCGUUAAAGUGUUUUGCGUUUUAAUAUCGCGCGAAUAUAUAUACACAUAUAAUACGGAGUGUUAUAAUUUGGUGCCAAACAAGUUUAAGUGUAAAAGUGUGAAUAAAUGAAGUAGUUAUUGCAAAGAAAGCAAGUGAAAGAAAUGCAGUGCAUUUUGAGUGUAUAUUGAGCAUAUUCCAUCUGAGUUUUUUUAUGUGAGAACGAGAAAACUAACUAAAUUGUUGGAAACACAAAUACAAAAGUUGUUGCCUCUUUUGUUCCAUUGCUGACUGUUUGAUUGCGUGAUUAUACGAGCUCUGAGUCAUUCCCAGGAACAAGCUUAAUCUAUAUACACCACCCAUACAGCUUGAUUGCAGUUGCAUCGGCGACUCAUUUUAAAGUAAUGUGUUGAGUUGUGUUCCUGAUACGAUACUGAAAAACAGAAUAUAUUGGAUAACACUGCCAAUAAUAUACAACUGCGAAAUGUCGCGGCUCAGCUUGAAGCUUGCAUUGCAACUACUUGCAUUGCAACUAUUGCUGAUGAUGGUGCACACCGAGAUCAUUGAUCAAAGCAUUGAUGAGCCCGAGGGACUCAAUGUCUGCAAAAAACGCGAAAACUACAAUGUGGAGGUGGUCAUUACUGAACUCCAGUCAUUCCAGGAGCGUGGUUCCACGUGGUGCCUCAAUAUUCCGCCUAGCUGUCCCACCUACCGCAUAAAACAUCGUGUGGUGAACAAAACUCAGACUUUAACCAAAGCUCGCAUAGUGCGUGACUGUUGUGAUGGAUACGUACGCCAGGGUAACCAGUGUGUUCCUCAUUGUAGUCAGCCCUGCCAACAUGGUGAAUGUGUAGCUCCAGAGAAGUGCAAGUGCACAGAAGGCUAUGGAGGACCUGUCUGCAAUAUAAAUUGCUCGCCUGGCCUCUAUGGCAUCGACUGUCAACUGAAGUGCGAUUGUCUAAAUGGUGCAACAUGCGAGCCUUACAGCGGCAAGUGCGAGUGCGCCAAGGGUUACACGGGCACCAGAUGCGAUGAGUUCUGUCCGCCUCAACGAUAUGGGGAGCAGUGUGCCGAGGUAUGCCGCUGUGAGAACGGCGGAAGCUGCGAUCACAUCUCUGGCAAAUGUUCGUGUGCACCCGGUUUUAUGGGUCCCCUAUGCGAUAUGCCUUGUCCCGAUGGCAAGCAUGGCGCCAAAUGUGAGGAGGAUUGUCGCUGCCAGAACGAUGGACACUGUGAUCCGCAAAAUGGCGCCUGUGAAUGUACCAUUGGCUGGACGGGCGAUGUCUGCGCCAACAAGUGUCCAACUGGGAGUCAUGGACUCAACUGUGAACUACACUGUCACUGCUUGAACGAUGCACCUUGUCAUCACAUCACUGGACGUUGCGAGUGUCCGCCCGGCUACAUGGGCGAAGUGUGCAUGGACGAGUGUCCUCUGAAUACCUAUGGACGUAACUGCACUGAAAAAUGCAACUGCGAGAACGAUGCCGCCUGCAGCCGGACUGGCAAAUGCAUCUGUGCGCCAGGCUGGGAGGGAGAGCGCUGUGAACGUCGCAUUUGUGAUAUUGACAAGUAUGGAAUAAACUGUAACAAAACUUGCGAGUGCGAGAUGGAGCACACGGAUCUGUGUCACCCGGAGACAGGACGUUGCCAGUGCAGCAUCGGCUGGAGCAGCGAUCAGUGCACGCGUCCUUGCGCCUUUCUCAAAUAUGGUCUGAACUGUGAGCAGAACUGCGAUUGCCGCAAUGGAGCCAACUGCUCGCCUGUGGAUGGCACUUGCUUGUGUGCUCCCGGCUUUACUGGACAACGUUGCGAAGAAAGCUGUCCGACAGGGAGCUAUGGUCAGGAUUGUGCCUUUAAAUGCGAUUGUCAGAAUGGUGCCAAGUGCGCUCCAGAGACAGGCCAAUGUCUAUGUGCGCCAGGUUGGCGCAACAACAAGUGCGAUAGACCCUGUGAUCUCAAUCAUUUUGGCGAUGGGUGUCGCAGUAGUUGCCAGUGCCAAAACAAUGCCUCCUGCAAUCCUAUCAAUGGUAGCUGUACCUGUGCUCCUGGUUGGAUGGGCGACCACUGUCAGCAGAAGUGCGACACCUUCCUCUUUGGAAUCAACUGUGCUUUCAGGUGCCAAUGCGAUACGUCCAACACAAUCGCUUGCGAGGCUUCCACCGGCCGUUGCCUAUGCAAGCAGGGUUGGCGAGGCGUUAACUGCGAAACGAACUGUUCGAGCGGUUACUAUGGUGAAAAUUGUGAUCAAGUUUGCAGAUGCCUGAACAAUUCAUCCUGUGACUCCGAUACGGGUAACUGCAUCUGUGCACCCGGCUGGACCGGCGUCGACUGCUCCGAGCCAUGCCCCGACGGCUUUUAUGGGUUGGAAUGCAAGGAACGCUGCCAGAAAAGUACGCACGGCAAUACCACAUGUGAUCAUAUUACCGGUGAAGUCAUUUGUCGCCCCGGCUACUUGGGUCUCACCUGUGAACACGCCUGUCCGCAGGGUCUGUACGGUCCCAGUUGCAAACUAAAGUGUAACUGUGAACACCAGGGCGAGUGCAAUCCUGAGAAUGGCCAGUGCACAUGUCUGCCCGGCUGGACAGGAGCCAAUUGCAAUCAGUCCUGCCCCCAGGAUACCUAUGGCGCUGGCUGCAGUCAACAUUGUCGUUGCCAAAAUCAUCGCAGCUGCCGCAAGAACGAUGGUCACUGUAUUUGUUUGCCCGGCUGGAUGGGUGACAAUUGCGGCUCGAUUUGUCCCGAAGGUCUUUAUGGUGACUAUUGCAUGCACUCUUGCGACUGUCCCUCAUCCAAUUUCCAGUGCCAUGCGGCGCAGGGUUGCGUCUGUCGUAGGGGUUACACUGGCGAGAAUUGUGAUGAGUUGAUUGCAUCGCAACGCGUUGCUGAAUCCGUACAAGAAUCAAGCAAUGCUGGCGUUGCCCUGAGCUUAGUGCUAUUGACCAUCUUUAUGGCUAUAAUCUGCGCCGUGUUUCUGUACUACCGCCGUCGUGUAUCCAAUCUGAAAACAGAAAUUGCGCACGUUCACUACACGCAUGAAACAAAUGGUGGCGGUUGGCCACCAGCGAAUCAUAACUUUGACAAUCCGGUGUAUGGGAUGCAUCCCGAGACGAGUUUGUUACCGAGCCAUUUGCGCCCCAAGAUGAACAAUUUUAACCAGAAUGGUUCACUGACUGCCGACUACGGUGAUGACUCUAAUGCCAGCAGCAGAGUGGGCAGCUAUUCAAUUAAUUAUAAUCAUGAGUUGCUCAACAAAAACUUGAAUGCCGAUCUAACCAAUCCAAAUGUGUAUAAAGCCAUUGGCGAUUCAUUAAAGGAGGAGCAUGUCUACGAUGAAAUUAAACAGAAGGAAGGCUACAAAGAUCCCGUGAAAAUUUAUAGCAAAAUAUUGUUCUUGGGAGAUGAGUAUGAUCACUUGGACUAUUCUCGGCCAAGUACUUCGCAGAAGCCACACUAUCAUCGAAUGAACGACACUCAGCUGAACAUCAACCAUGACGAAGAGAAGCCCAGCAACGUUAAGAACAUGACAGUGCUGCUACAAAAAAAGCCGGAACCGCCAACGGAACCAGAGCCGCAGCAUGAGAGCUUUGACAAUACCAAUCUGGAUGCAGCAUCGACAGCAUCACCCAGCUCGAGUCCAGAAUUAAAGUAAACGUUGUUUGCCAGAGUCAGUUACUACGACUCUUACGUUUUGCCUCAUCAAAUGAUGAUGCGCUAGCGUAAUUGAUUUCAUAUCUAGAUCUUUUAGUUUGUAUAGUGUUUGAUUAAUAUUUUUAUUCAAUGCAGUCCUCUUCUUUAUUCUAUUGUAAAAUCGUACAUCUUGUUUAGAUUCCGACAGCGCUGCUUUCAUGUCUAUAACGUAUUUUGUGCUCAAUCGAUAGUAAACUUUGUCAUUUUAUCCUUAGGGCUCUUUACAACCCAUUGUUCAACAAAACAAAAUAACUGGUCCCAACUUUUGUAAAUGUUUCGUAUUCAAUUGGAACCAUUUAUUCAUAUGCAUAUUCAUUUUUCAUGCACAUAUCUAAACAUAAGUACCUCUUCCUUUUAAUAACAAAUUGUGCUGUUGAUGAUUGUAUAGCAAUUGUGAAUUCGAAAUUCGUGUUACCUUUUCGCAUCCUCAACCCGCAGAGGAGUUAGCAAUAAUUAUGAAUAACGCAUUAUCAUAUACAAACAUAUAUAUUAAUAUAAUCAUAUCAAAUAUUUAAGCAUAUGGUAUUUAUAUUUUAUUAAGCAAUAUAUUUGUACAACAAAAAAAAAAAAAAGCUCAUAAUUGGAAGGUAUUUUUGCCACGAAUCGAAUGCCAAAUUAAUUUUGUGAGAGGCAGUUUGUAUUUCAAAUGACGUACAACGUAUUGGCCAAGUAGUUUUGAUUUAUAAUUUGUAAAGUAAAUUCAAUGUUCUUUAAAAAAAUAAUAUUUUAUGUAAUUUUAUCGUUGCUCAUAUUGUUUGUCUUUUUUAAGACAAUUCAAAUAAAUAUUUCAAAUUAUUGCGCGUAA